AUUAUCACACUCUUAAUAACAUCUUUUUCACUAAGUGUUCAUACUAUACUUUCUCUCCCUGAUCUUCUGCUUAUUUCCUUCCAUAUUAUAACACGUUAUCAGCACGAAUUUGCUCCAAAUCCUGGAAUCAUCAUCUUCCCAGCAGUUUAAUGGCACAUAUUAGCAAAAGAGAGUUCGACGUCCUUGAUUUAUCUGGCCAAAAGUAUUUGGAAUGGAAAGUCGACGCUUUGGCACAUUUGAAAGCAAAUGCCCUUGAAAAUACAAUUGCUGAAAAUAAUUCAGCCACUCCCCAAAAUAAGGCAAAAGCCAUCAUCUUUCUUCGCCAUCAUCUUCAUGAAAGUUUGAAAUCUGAGUAUUUAUUGGUAGAUGACCCUAAAGAAUUAUGGGAUAAUCUCCAAGAAAGGUAUGGCCAUCAACAAAAGGUCCUUUUACCAAAAGCUCAAUAUGACUGGAUCAAUUUACGAUUCCAGGAUUACAAAUCUGUAAGUGACUACAAUUCUGCUUUGUUCCAAAU